AUGGAUCAUCUUUUUCUUACUUGGAAUUUGUGCUUAGAAGAGAGUAAUAACUUGCAAGUAAAGUUUAUUUUCGGUAAAUACUCUGAAACUAGAAAAUAUUGUUUGGAUUGUAAAAACAAUGAUGAACAAUUGCAGCAUUUACGUGUUUUUGCAAGUGGAUUUUUAGCGAAGAUAUACGUAUCUAAUAAAUUUCCUGAUUUAAAAGGAAAGAAAUUUGACGAAAUUUGUAACGAAUUGCAGGAUGACAUAAUAAGGAGAUUUUGCCAAAAUAAAGAUUAUGAAUUUUUUGAAGAUGAAAUAUUGAUUAAAAGAUUAUCUCGUUUCUUUGAUCAAAAGUUAAAUGAUUACAGUAAAAUAUGUAAGAAAUUUGUGAACGAUAAAAUUGUAUAUUUUAUUGUAAACGAAAUCUAUGGAAGUAGCAAUAACGAUAACAAUAAUGAUAAUGAUAAAUUAUCUGAAAAGAAAACGAUCAAGAAAAUAUUUUCUAAACUAGAAAAUCAUUGUGGAAUAUUCCGUCGUAUUUUGAAUUCAAAUGAUUUAUCUAAUGCUUAUAAAAAUAACAUUUCUCUAAGUAAUUUAGGUUUAAGAUUAUUUUUGUUUAUUACUACAUAA